CCUACCCCAGUUCUCAUCAGUCCUGCAGCAGCACAAGCUGCUGCAGCAGUAUCAGCAUCUGGAACCAACAGCCUUACAGCAGCCGCAAAUGGUAUCUUCCGCCCUCUGGCCUCUCAGCAGCAACAGCCACAGCAGCAGUCACAGCCAAAUGCCAACCUCCAUUCCAAUUCAUUUUAUGGGAAUAACUCUCUGACCAACAAUUCCCAGAGCAGCUCUUUAUUUUCACAUGGCCCGGGGCAACCUGGAAACGCUUCGCUGGGGUUCGGCAGCAGUAGCUCUCUGGGAGCCGCCAUCGGCUCAGCCUUUGGUGGUUUUGGUUCAUCAGUUGGCAAUUCCACGGGUAGUAGUGGCUCAAGGAGAGAUUCCUUGUCUGCUAGCUCAGACUUGUACAAAAGGUCUAGCAGCAGCCUGGCACCCAUAGGGCAGCCCUUUUACAAUAGCCUGGGCUUCUCAUCCUCUCCGAGUCCAAUAGGCAUGCCUCUUCCAAGCCAAACGCCAGGACAUUCACUAACACCACCACCAUCCCUCCCAUCACACGGAUCUUCAUCCAGUUUGCAUUUAGGCGGGCUGACCAAUGGCAGUGGGCGCUAUAUAUCGGCUGCCCCUGGAGCUGAGGCCAAGUACCGCAGUGCUGCUAGCACAUCUAGCUUCUUCAGUUCCAGCAGCCAGCUUUUUUCCACCCUCCCGUCUAAG